AUGACUUCAAACUUCUUUAAAGUUGUACUCGCCAAGUCCGUUGCGCUCAGUGAGCUCGAUGAUGCAAACCAGAAGAUUGCAAGAUUCGUCAAAAGGGCGAAGGAAUGCGGGUUUCAGGGAAUAAUUGAAGAGGAUUUGCCUCGGCUGGUAGAGGUUACAGACUACGAAUCUUUCAACGCGUUUGUGAAACAAGAAAAGAAGGCGGAUCCUCAUCUGGCUGAAAUGCUUAAGUUCAUUCCAGACCUCAAAUGGAGUUUGGAUGAGAGCAUGACCACCAUUGGCUACGUCUACCAUCAGGUCUCCGAGCUGCAUGUCCUCUACUCCUAUUCUAACAUUUUGUCGGUACCUAACUGGAUGAGCAUAUGGGAGAGAAGCUUUCGACAAGAACAAAGAUCAGCGACAACUUCGGUGAUGCUUCUUGCACUGACAAAUACGCAAGUAACAGACCGGCCGAUGGGGGGCAUAUUGAUAUUGAAGUUGAGUCGUCUGGUGGUGGAGGAUCUGCUGGUGCAGCUGCGCGACAAGAGCGAAGAUGACCCUUCUCUGCAAGAGCAGCUAGAUAAAUUUGAGCAGGCACUGAAAAAGUCUAUCCUUGAAAGCGUUCGACAAGUCCUCAUCCGCAUGGCACUUUUAAUUGAAUCCAAUUGGCUUUGCUCCGAAGAAGUGCUGCAAGCGCAGUUCCCAGAUGUACUCGUCACGGCUUACCGCGCCAGAGGCAGCGGAGGCCCCACGGCGGUGGUAGAGAGGGGUGAAUUCGGCAGUGAAAUUUCGGAAUCAGUGGUCACUGCCCUGAAUCAGAACCUGAACGCUAAUGAGAUGUACGUGCAGCUGAGUGUUGCGGAUCCAAUAACUGCACAGAAAUCGGACACAGCCUUCAUCUCUGCGUUGAAAGCUGCCAGCAUGUUCAAACAGAGACUGGAGGAUGACCCUUCGUUGCCGGGCGUGGGCUUGGCAGAGGUGGUGUAUUCAACCUUUAAUGACCUCCAAUAUGCUGAGAUAGCGGUUGGGGGUAAUUCAAGGUACGACCCGGACCUCCAUCUGCUGCUCCAGGUGCCGUCAGAGCACUUCAAAGACGCCGCUUCGUUUCAUGAAUUGUUCAUGGGAGCCAUUCUUGUCCAACCGCUGACAUAUGCAACUCCUCGUCACGUACGCAUGGAUAGGGUGCGGGUGAUGGGAUAUGCAAUGAAAGUUGGAUCCGCGAAACCUAUCCGCAUGGGCAAGUUUGGUAGUGGGUUAGCAUACAGCGAGCAAGCCCUAAUUGAUCAGUUGAUACAACGGCACGGAUUUGUUGUCCACGUUCUUGUCCUUGGCCUUCGUAACGACAUCGGGAGGAGAGAAGCCGAGGCGACAGCUGAGGAAAUAUAUAAACGGUUCAAGAGCAGAACUAGAGGCACAAUCAACGUCAUCUUCUUGGAGCCCGUUAAACCGCCAGAGGCAACCGUAGCAGGCGACUACGUCCAUCGAGAGGAGGGGUACCCUGGUUGGGUGAUAGGCGUUGCCGUUGGCGCGGUGACGUUAUUCUUUUUAGGUUUAUUGGGAUGCUUAGUUCUGCGGAAGCAUGUGAGCAUGCCUUGGUGGAUAGACUGCUUCUGCAGCCCAUCGCCCCCUACAUUCCAGUCGAAACAGGAGAUGACUGGUGGUCAUCCUGGGGAGUUCAGCAGGUCCUCAUCAUUCCGUCCUUCAGUUGAGACAGGCGAUAGCCCGUACUUCGAAUCUGACGAGGUAAAGCCGACCAAACGUAUGGGGAGCACCCCCGUGAGGGGGGCCCCAACAGAUGUGAGCCUAGGAUGGGAUGCGGGGAAUCUGUCAACGCUGGAGUUGGCCCGUUCAAAACGAAUGGAAUCCAAGCGACAAGGGAAGGUACAAACAACGCAUCUGAAUUCUAUCCCAGAGUUCAUUGCUGAAGCCAAAUUGCCAAGUGGAUGGGUUGCUCAGAGUUCUGGCAAGACGUCGCACGAUCGAUGA